GUUUUCUUUAGCUUCGAGUCAAUCCUUUCAACGUGAAGAUAAAGGCUCAUUAUUUGUAUUGAGAUUUGUGAUAUGUUAUAAUAUAUUUUUGUUUUUUUACCAAAAUUAUUUGUGAUAUCGAAAAAAAAUCUUUUCGUUGCUCGUGGCUGCUAUAUUGGAACCCAGUCAUAAAAAAUAGAAAAAUUUUUCGAAGAAAAUUAAACAAUGGAAACCAUGGUUAAAGGUAAUAUGACUAAUCAAACCAGUGUAGAAGACUAUUGGGAUUAUCUUUUCGUUAAAUUAGCAGAUCACCGAACUAAUCAUUGGCCUCUAGUUGGAAAUCCAAUACACAUAUUUUCUCUGAUGGCAUUGUACCUCUUAUUUGUACUUUCAUGGGGACCAAAACUCAUGGAAAAAAGACAACCUUACAAUUUAAAUAGGAUGUUAAUUUUAUACAAUGGAAUUCAAGUGUAUGUCAGCGUAUGGCUGUUUUGGGAGGGUAUAGAUAUGGCUUGGAGGUAUAAAUUCAACUUUGUUUGUGAACCAGUUGACUGGUCAGAAAAUGAAGAGUCUAUGCGAGUAGCUAGAGGCUUCUAUCUUUUCUAUUUAGCAAAAAUAUCAGAACUUGCAGAUACAGUAUUUUUUGUUCUUAGAAAAAAAUAUAAUCAAAUCACUUUCCUUCAUCUUUACCAUCAUACUGGCAUGCCACUUAUUUCAUGGAGUGCAGUGAAGUAUUUUCCUGGAGGCCAUAGUUCAUUCAUUGGAUUUGUUAAUAGUUUUGUACACAUAAUCAUGUAUACUUAUUAUAUGUUUGCAGCAAUGGGUCCUAAAGUUCAAAAGUAUCUGUGGUGGAAAAAGUAUCUUACAACACUUCAAUUGGCACAAUUCUGCAUGACGUUCCUUCAUUCAAUGCAAUUGUUAUUUCAUGACUGUGGUUAUCCAAGGUGGGUUGCAUUCAUUGUAAUGCCAAAUGCAGUAUUCUUUUAUUACCUCUUCUAUGACUUUUACGAUAAAGCAUACAAAAAAGCUACAGUAAAGAAGGACUAACAUCAAAUGAAUUAUUGUUGACUGUAUAUAUAAAAAAGCAAGUGAAUUAUAUUUAAUUAUUAGAAUAUAAAGUAUUGUUUAACAAACAAGGACCAGCGAACAAAUUGAGUUUCACUGGUGCUAUAUUACAUUAAGAACUCUGUCGCAUAGGUUUUAAAUUAUUGUUUAUUUUAUGUAUGUUUUCAAAGGAUGUGAAACAUUAACUUAUGUCUAAGCUGAUAUGUUUUCGUACUUUGUGUUCAAACAAAAGCCUUUUCAUAUCAUUUAACAAUUGUAUUUUCAACAACUAAACUGUGAGAACUGUGUGAAAUAGUAUUUUUCUAAUUUUGGAUACUUGAAGAUCACAAGUAGAUGGGAAUUAAAUAAUAAUGAUGUAUGUAAACAUUAUGAGAUGUAUGUAAUAAUUAUGUAAACUGAUAUAAUUGCAAUGUCAUUCUUUUAAAAUAAAUAAUUUAAUAUAUGUGAAGCCAAGGAAUAAUAUCUUACUUUGUUUAACAAAUUAAAAUAAGACAAUACUGCAGUAGUAAUGAAACCUACUUCUCCAUUAAGUAUCAUAGAAAAUUUAAAACCUGAUUUUAAACUUUCUGUGGAGCUAUGAGUUGCUAUGGUUCUUUAAUGUUUUUUCAUAUAAAUUUUGAGCUUGCACUCACCCUCACGUGGUCCUCGUCUAAGUGAAGAGACAUGACUGUUAUGUAUAACAAUAUUGUUUUAUUUUUAUGUACAUUAAUGUUUUAUUGUUGAUUAUUACUUAUUUGUUAUUUAUUUUAAGAAAUUAACAAUUAAAAUUGUAAUUAUUAUAUAUUUUAAUUUUAUGUACAUAGUUUUGAGAUAAAUACAAAACCCACAAUAAAAUGUGUUAUUUUAAG